AUGACGUUCAAGGCUGCCCUGCUUCCACUGGCGCUCCAGCUGCUUGCUUCGAGCGCAGCGCUUGCCAGCCCUAUGCCUGCUAAGGCAGCAGCGAUCGAUUGCACCGAGCCCGCCAACAACGCAGCUUCAGCAAGUGGCGCCACCACGUCCUCCUCCGCUGCGGCUCCACAGCAGACUCCUGGCUUUGUCAACAACGGCACCAUCGGCAGCUAUGCCUGUCUGUACAGCUCGCAGUCGGAAGACGACCAACUCGUCCUCGGCGCAGCGUCGACAGUGCCCGGCACCCAGUGCCCAGACGCCCUGCCUCCGGUGUAUCCAAACAACCACAUUGAGCUGCGCGCUCCCGACGAUUCGAUCCGCGCCACCUUCCAGCCGUACGGCUCGGGCGUCACUGAGCUCUGGGUCAAGGACCGUUGGGGUGGCUGGCGAGACGUGGUGCUCGGCUACGACAACACCACCAACUGGGCCACCGAUCCCAUCCACCCCAACUUUGGGCCCAUCGUCGGCAGGUAUGCCAACCGCAUCAAGAACGGUACCUUUGAGCUCAACGGCGAGACGUACAACAUCCCCAAGAACGAGAACAACCUCGACUCGCUCCACGGCGGCAAGAUCGGCUACGACCGCAGCGCGUACACGAUCAAGAGUCUCAGCUCCAACGAGGUCGUGCUUGAGCAUGUUGAUCCCGAUGGAUUCCAGGGCUUCCCGGGCCAGGUCACGACGCACACGCGCUACACGCUGGGAGAGAAUGCGACGUGGCAUAUCGAGCUGAAUGCGACAGCGACCAAGCAGACGCCCAUCCUGCUCUCAUCGCACGUCUACUGGAACCUGGCGGCGUUCAACGAGUCGGCAUCGAUCCUGGACCAUGUGCUGCACAUGCCCUAUGCGGACAAGUACGUCAAGACGGACACGAUCCUCAUCCCCACCGGCCCACUCCCGCCGGUGCAGGAUACGCCGUACGACUUCCGCGAGCCUACGCCGUUCACCAAGAACUUCAACGACACGCUCGGCGUGUGCGGAUACGAGUGCAAGGGCUGGGACUCGUGCUUCAUCAUGUCCGACCCGCCCGGAUACGACACUGCCAAGCCCGUGGUGGAGAUGUACAGCCCCAAGUCCGGCAUCAAGCUCUCGGUGGCCACGAACCAGGCGGCCGUGCAGGUCUACACGUGUCCCGGCGUCAACAGCCCCGCCAAGGGCAGCAUCCCGCGCAAGCAGGUGCACGGCGGCAAGGUGGGCGAGAACAUCGGAGAGGUCAUCUACGACAACUCUGAAUGCGUCGUCCUCGAGAUGGAGGACUACAUCGAUGCCAUCAACCAGCCCGAGUGGGGUCGAAACCAGAUCUACGGGCCCGACCGUCCGUACCACUGGAAGUCCACCUACACCUUCUCUACCGUCGACGAGAACGGCAACGCCAUGUAG